UUCUUUUAUUUCUUUGCUCUAUCUCCUCUCCCAACUCAUCAGUUAGUUUCAAGAAAACAACAAAACCAUUCCCCACUGAGCCUCAGGAGGACCUGAAGAAAGAGUUGCAGGACUUCAGGAAAAUGUUAAGGAAGCGAACUCCACUACCCACACAGAAGAAGGAAGUUGACAUGGAACAGGUCUGGCAGUUGCUGCUGAAUGCCGAUAGGAAGGAUUAUGAGAAAAUCUGUUUAAAGCGUGGGAUUGUUGACUUCCGUGGGAUGCCGAGGAAGCUUCAGCAGAUGAAGAAGGACAGAGAGGACAAGCAACAACAGUAUAUCUACAGUGUCACAAACCUCAAACACAUCAAGGUCAAUAAGGAGGGGAGUGCUACAUUCCAUCUAGAGAUGGACCUGAAAAAUCCUGAGAGCAGAAUUUACCUGUACAAGGUAAGUUUUUAUAGCUGUUUUAGAGACAUUUAUGCAGUGCCAGAUGAACUCUCCGUGCAACGUGUAUCAAAAAGAGAUAAGGGGAUCUUUGGCUGUAUGAACAAGGAGUGA